UGCAAUAAGCUCCUCAGGGACGCCACCACCAUCUCCGAGUGCCUACAUACAUUUUGCAGGAAAUGCAUUUUUGAGAAACUAAAUGACGAGGAGGUGGACUGCUGUCCAGUGUGUAACAUCGAUCUGGGUUGUGCUCCACUGGAGAAGCUCAGGGCUGAUCACAAUCGACAAGAUAUACGAGCUAAGAUUUUCCCUUUGAAGAGGACAAAGGUCGAUGCUCCUGAAAUUGUGCCUUCCAUUGUCUUACCUGUUAAAAGAAAGGAGAGAUCCCUUUCAUCAUUAGUUGUGAAUACUCCUCGAGUAUCAACGCAUUCAGGCUUAACAGGAAGGAGAACAAAAUCCACUGCUAGAAGGGCUUCCUCCUUACGUGGAUUGGGUCCUAUUAUUGAAGAACCCUCAAAAGAGGUCAAGAAUGAUGAAGAUCAUGCUGAAACUUCAAGUCAGAGUAGAAGGAAGAUCUCUUCUACUGUGGAUACAUCUGAUUAUACACUUAACAAGAACACUGAUUAUACCAAAGGAUCCCCUAAAGAUAAAUCUGAACUUUGGAAACCCUUAAAUUGUCUAGUAGAGGCAGCAAACAGAACAAAAGCUGUUAAGUCCAGUUCACAGAGUUCGGAUAUCAAGGAAGAGCAAAUAAAUGGUGCGGAUAGUGAAGUUGUUCUGGAUAAAGUAAAGGUCAAAGAACAUCCAAGUAAGCCCAAAAUUCAGGAAGAUAAUAAUAACAAUACCUCUACAUCUUCAGUAAAGGUGAGAGCUCAAAGACUUCAACGCAAGAGAAAGAGAGAUCUUGAAAACUCAGCACAAGCUCUGGUAGAUGCUGCUUCUGCUACUCAUGAAGGGAGGAAUUGUCCAAUUUGGCUCGCUUUAGUUCCUGCUAUUGACCAGAAAGGAGAUGCGGUAUUGCCUCGGACAUCUACAUGUUACUUGAGGAUUAAAGAUGGUAACUUACCUGUUUCUUUCGUCCGAAAGUACCUUGUGAAGAAACACAAUCUUGUAAGUGAAUCUGAGGUGGAGAUUACUUGUCGCGGCCAAAUAGUGAACCCUGCACUUCCUUUGUACAACUUGGCUGAGAUUUGGCUACAGUCACAACCCCCACAAAGAGUGCAGGCAACAAUUGGCACCUCGGCCAAAGAUUUUGUUCUGGUUCUCAAUUACAGCCAAAGAGCUCCGGCUUCAUAGGAUGCCCUCAAUCAAUUAUUCUGCUACAUCAUAAUUGAUGGAGUUUUAGAAUCUGCUUUUUUCUUGUUUUUUUUUUCCUUUUUGUUCAGUGUCUCUGUUUUAUUUUCUUUUUCUUUCCCCCCCCCCCUUUUUUUGCUUGCGCUAUUUAAAGCAAUAAAUAUGAGCCAAUAAGCUCCAUUGUUGCUUGUAAGACUUUCUUGGAUGUGAUAAUGUAUUUAUAGGUGAAAUUUGUGUCAUUGGAGAGCUUAUACAGUUUUGAUUAUACCAUUUCUGUUUCUUUGUUGCC